AUGCUCUUCCGUACUGCGGCUCGCCAGGCUGCGCCCCUUCGGCGUCAGUUUGCCCCUCUUACUCGUCGUUCCGUCACCACCGACGCCGCCACUGCGCACGCCGAGAACAUCCCAGAGAAGGAGCUGAAGCAGAUCUACCACGACAUGGUCUCUGUUCGUCGCAUGGAGAUGGCCGCCGACCGCCUGUACAAGGAGAAGAAGAUCCGCGGUUUCUGCCAUCUGUCCACCGGCCAGGAAGCCGUCGCUGUCGGUAUUGAGCAUGCUAUCAACCGCCAGGAUAAGGUCAUCACCUCCUACCGUUGCCACGGUUUCGCUCUGAUGCGCGGUGGUACCGUUAAGUCUAUCAUCGGCGAGCUGCUAGGCCGUCGCGAGGGUAUCGCCUACGGAAAGGGUGGUUCCAUGCACAUGUUCGCCGAGAACUUCUACGGUGGUAACGGUAUCGUUGGUGCCCAGGUUCCCGUCGGUGCCGGUUUGGCUUUCGCCCAGCAGUACAACGAGGAGCCCAGCACCUCCAUCAUCCUGUACGGUGAUGGUGCCUCCAACCAGGGUCAGGUCUUCGAGGCCUUCAACAUGGCCAAGCUGUGGAACCUCCCUGCCCUGUUCGGCUGUGAGAACAACAAGUAUGGUAUGGGUACCUCCGCCGCCCGCUCCUCCGCCCUCACCGAGUACUACAAGCGUGGCCAGUACAUCCCCGGUCUGAAGGUUAACGCCAUGGAUGUUCUCGCCACCAAGGCCGCCGUUCAGUACGGUAAGGAGUACACCGUCUCUGGCAAGGGUCCUCUCGUUAUGGAGUACGUCACCUACCGUUACGGUGGUCACUCCAUGUCCGACCCCGGCACCACCUACCGCUCCCGUGAGGAGAUUCAGCGCAUGCGCUCCACCAAUGACCCCAUCGCCGGACUCAAGCAGAAGAUGAUCGAGUGGGGCGUCACUUCCGAGGAGGAGCUCAAGGCUAUCGACAAGGCCGCCCGUGCCUACGUCGACGGCGAGGUCGCCGAGGCUGAGCAGAUGGCUGUUCCCGAGAACACUGCCCGCAACCUCUUCGAGGAUAUCUACGUCCGUGGCUCCGAGCCCCGCUGGAUGCGUGGCCGUACCGUCGAUGAGACCUUCUACUACUAG